AUGUUUGCUGCUCGAAGUUUGCUAUAUUUUAGAAAAAUAUCUUUAAUUUCUCCUGUUAAAAAUUCUAAACGGCUUGUAUUGCGAAGAGAGACACAUUCCGUACCACAAGCGUUGCGUUCGACAAAACCGAAAUCUAACAGAAAAGAGCCAAUUUAUUUCGUGGAUUCCAAACAAGUACAAGUUAUCGGGGGAAAGGGAGGCGAUGGCUGCAUCUCGUUUUUACAACUCUGGUGCAAUGAAAGAGCCGGUCCUGACGGCGGUGAUGGCGGAAAUGGAGGUCAUGUAAUUUUUCAAACUUCGACCGACGUGCGUAACUUUAAUCAUGUCCUAAGUAAAAUCCGAGGAUUGCCCGGAGAAAAUGGUCGAGGUGAGCAUUGUCACGGAAAGAAUGCUCAGCACACAAUUGUGAAAGUUCCAGUGGGGACGGUUGUACGGAAUAGAGGGGGCCAAAUAGUGGGUGAUUUAAGUGAAGUUAAUAUAAUGUUUGUAGCUGCUCGUGGUGGUGUUGGCGGUAAAGGAAACAAAUUCUUUGCCACUUCAGUUCAAAAAAGUCCAAAAAUUUCAGAGUAUGGCCCUGAAGGCGAAGAUAUUUCAUACAUUUUAGAAUUAAGAACUAUGGCUGAUAUAGGAUUUAUUGGUCAACCAAAUGCUGGUAAGAGUACUUUGCUGAAUGCAAUAACACGAGCGAAGCCGAAAGUUGCUCCGUACGCAUUUACAACGCUUCGACCCUACGUUGGAAUGGUACAAUAUGAUGACUUUACUCAAUUGGCAAUUGCCGACUUACCAGGUUUAAUACGUGAUUCACAUCUGAAUAAAGGCCUCGGAAUACAGUUCCUAAAGCAUGCAGAGCGAUGCAAAGUGUUACUUAUUGUUUUGGAUGCUAGUUUAGAUAACCCUUCCCUCCAAUACGAACAACUUAUGCAUGAGUUAAGAAAAUUCAGUAAAAACUUAGCAGAACGGCCAAAAAUAAUUGUAGCGAACAAAAUGGAUAUUCCCGAAGCUAAAAAUAAUUUUCAAGAUCUUCAAAACGAACUCAAAGUAAAGGUAAUACCUAUUAGUGCUAAAACUGGUGCAAAUCUGUCGGAAUUGUUAAGAGUUAUGCGCGAGUAUUAUGAAUUAUACAAAUAAGAUAAUAACUUGUUAAAAAAUCAACGUUUAUUGUUAUUCAUUCAGUCAUACGUAGUAAAUAAAACUAAGAGCUUAAGUUCAAGUAA